CAGGAGUAAACCCACAGGCAACAUGAGUUUAUUAACGUGGGGACUGGUCUGUCUCAUUGGCAUCCUGGUCCAGGGAAUCCAGGGGUCACACUUUGGGUCACGCAGCCGGCAGAGCCUCCUCGGCAGUCCUUUCCUCCCAAAGGUUUCACCACAGGUGUCUCCAAGAAUCCACAGCAGCUAUGAAGACCUCAGAUCGACCGAACAAGCUUCUGAUGAAAUACUAAGUGCUGAAAUUUUGCAAGAGGUCCGGAAGGGGGAACACAGCAUCCUGAGUAUGCCGCAGCAGGACGAGCGGGCUGGUACCAACAACUACUUGACACAGGACAGACGGAACCUAGCAUCAGCAGCUGGCAGCACUAAUUCCAGGUUUUACAGCAAUCAGCACUCCCAUCAUCAACCACUUUCACAGCUACAACACAAAGCAGCAAAUCAUGUUUCUCAGCAAUAUGCGCAACAUCGCAACUCUCCUGCAUCCUUCCAAACCGGCACAGUCACCUCGUCAAACUGCAGGAAUCGUCCAAUCGACCUGGUUUUUAUCAUCGACAGUUCCCGCAGUGUGCGGCCUGCUGAGUUCGAAAAGGCCAAGGAGUUCCUCAUAGACAUGGUGGACACCCUGGAGAUCGGUUCAGAUGCCACCCGGGUGGGCCUCGUCAAUUACGCCAGCACUGUGAAAAUCGAGUUUCACCUGAAGACUUAUUUUGACAAGUAUGCCCUAAAGCAAGCGCUUGCCCGUGUAGAACCUCUAGCUUCAGGCACUAUGACAGGCGUCGCCAUCAAGGCCGCUAUGGAGAAAGCUUUUGUCGCAGAAGCCGGAGCCCGACCCAGCUCCAUGAACAUCGCUAAGGUAGCCAUCAUAGUGACUGAUGGGAGACCUCAGGACCAGGUGGAAGAGGUAUCUGCAGCAGCUCGGGCCGCCGGCAUUGAGAUCUACGCGGUGGGAGUAGACAGAGCAGAUUUGAUGUCCCUCCGCCUCAUGGCCAGCCAGCCUUUGGAAGACCAUGUCUUCUAUGUGGAGACAUAUGGUGUCAUUGAGAAACUCACUGCGAAAUUUAGGGAAACUUUGUGUGGUAAGGAUGAUCGGGGGGGGGGGGGGUAAUAGAUAGUAAUAGACUGCAUUGCAAUGGGCAGCAUCAUAGGAAAACUCCCCUACAUUAAGAAGCCUAAUCUAUUCUUCUCUGCUAAUAUAACCAAAGGACAAAACGUUAUCUUUUCAGGUGUGGAUGCAUGCACUCAAGGACACAAUUGCCAGCAAAUUUGUGUUAACAGUGGUAACUCAUACAACUGUCAGUGUUGGGCUGGCUAUGUCUUGAACCCGGACAAGAGGACAUGCUCACGUCAAGAUGCAUGCGCCCGGGGACAUGACUGCCAACAUAUUUGUGUCAACAAUGGUGAUUCUUACGUCUGCAAAUGUGGAGUAGGAUAUAUCCUGAAUGCAGAUAAGAAAACAUGCUCACGUGUAGAUCCAUGUGCCAGUGGACAUGAGUGCCAACACAUUUGUAUUGACAACGGAGACUCCUACAUCUGCAAAUGUCAUACGGGGUUUGUGUUGAAUCCAGAUAAAAAGACCUGCUCACGGUUAGCAGCAGAUGCAUGUGCCAGGGGGAAUGACUGCCAGCAUAUCUGUGUCAACAAUGGAAACUCCUAUUACUGCAGAUGUCAAGUGGGAUACAUAUUAAAUGUGGAUCAGAAAACAUGCUCACGUGCAGAUGCAUGCGCUCUCGGACACAACUGCCAGCACACUUGCGUCAACAGCGGUGAUUCGUACAUUUGCAAGUGUCGAACAGGAUAUAUUUUGAAUGCAGAUCGGAGAACAUGCUCACAGGAAAUGAGAAGCGAAAUAACUCAAGAUGCCUGCAAGUGUGAAGCUCAGAUUUUGUUCCAGAAAAAAGUGCAGUCAACCAUUCAAGACAUGAGCAGAAGACAUAUCCUUUUAUUUCUCACGAGGACCACAUUUAAAUUCAGUUACAAAUAGAAUCAAAGCAUAUAGUUAUCCCAUCACUUUCAGGAUCAUUUGAUUUGUGUUGAAAUUGUAUACAAAUCACGGAUAAUUUGUGUAUUUCUUUAACUGUUUAUCCACUUGAUGACCUUUCGGACCGAGUGAACCACAUAGAGGACCAGCAGCAGUACUAGGAGUGCUGAUGAUCUCAUGAUGCCACAAACCCACCGUGAUAUUUGUAUAGUUUUGAUUUGUGACUUUCCCAUGGAACACUUUUUAAGUAAAAAAAAAAAAAAGAAAUAUCUACAGUAUGUAGGACACUAAUCGCACUUUCUUUGUAUAUUAAAACCCAUAACUUUGCAUUCAACACACUGUCAAUAACAAAUGGAAAUGAAAUCGGUACACUGAUGUUUACAUUCCACUUUCUCACCAUAUUCUUAGAUCAUUUAAUUACUGAGUAGAAAACAAAGCUGCCGUCAAUGGUAAUAAAACUCAAAUCUUUUAAGCAACAAGAUGAUUGUUCUAACCCUUUGGAUUACAGCUGUACUAUGCAGAGAAAAGGCCAAAUUAAAGCCUGAUCCAGUUGGCCUGCAUACGUUAUAGUUACAUCACAGUUUAAUGACGGAAAUAUGUAGCUAGUAACAAAACAUGCAACAUAUUAUGCAAUAUUAUGGUGCUUUUCUUGUAAGAGUUGUCAACGUUAAGGAAAGCGUGCUGAGUCUUUAUUUAUGGGUUAUGUUAAUUAUAUAUGCACUGUACAUACUGUAGUUAGAACAUGGUUAGCAUCAGCUCUGUUCUUGUAUUUUAUUAAAGAGUCUGAAUUGUAACCUCAUGUGUAUGUAUACAGUAUACAGUGUAUGUACUGUAUCUUGUGUUAUGUCACACCGCCAUGGUGCACGCAGAUGAUGGUUUGGUUUUUCGUCAUUUUGUACUUGAUUCUUUGUAAACCCAUAAGCUCAUAUUUUGGUGCUUUUGUUAUAAAAUAAUCAGUUUCUCCAAUUUGAACAUAUUGUCGGUGCUUGCU